UGGAAAUUAAGAUACAAAAUAGGCUUAAUAUGGGAAAAGCCUCUGUUCUACGCACACAGAGCAGAUAAACGAGAGAGAGAGAGAGAGAGAGUAGUGACAUGGCUGUAGAGUCAAAACGCCUUGGGUGCGUGAUCGUGUCCGUGGAUGGCAGCGAAGAGAGCAUGAACGCCCUCCGAUGGGCUCUCGACAAUUUGAAGCUCCGUUCUCCUUCUCCUGACUCCUCCGGCGGCCACCUAGUCAUAUUCCACGUUCAAUCUCCGCCCUCCAUCACCGCCGGCCUCAAUCCCGGUGCCAUCCCCUUUGGGGGUCCCAGUGAUUUGGAGGUGCCUGCUUUCACUGCUGCAAUUGAGGCUCAUCAGAGAAAAAUUUCAGAUGCGAUUAUGAAACAUGCUUUGCAGAUUUGCUCCGAUAAGAACGUUAGGGGAAUCAAUCCCACCGUUUACUUGCGGGAACUCCAUUUAAAGUCAGAACAAACACCCCAAGAACUUAUUGAGGUUGGUGAGUAUUGA